GAAUCUCGGCCAUAUGUGUGUUGAUUCACGAUACUGAUUCAUCCUGAACACAUACAGCCAUGACCAUACUCUGCUGGCUCGUGCUCUGUGUCAGCGUUAAAGGAGGGUUCAGCGUGUGUUCGUCAUGUAGCAACAUUGCAAAGGUUCCAAGUGGGUACCACGCUGUCAGUUACCAUACAUCGGAUGCCCACAUAGAGAACCCGGGUCGUGGCUUCUACCAACAUCUGGAGACCACAUCAAGUCACUUCUCACCUCUCACAGUGCACUACUUGGACACAGUCCGGCAAGAUGAUUGGGUAAACCUCGGACUGAGGAUCUAUGUUCUCGACUCGUUUGUACAUUCCGCCAUCAGCAGCACCUUCCUCAGACAUAUACGGGAUGACCUUGAAGUUGUGAAGGAUGCCGGUUGGACCGUGGCUCUGAGGUUCAGCUACACCAGCCACAGUCGCAAUACCGCCCCUUACGGUGACGCAACUAAACAGUGGAUGCUGGAGCACAUCAGGCAGCUGGGACCGAUAUGGAAAACAUAUGAGGGCGUCAUAUCAGUCAUACAAGCGGGCUUCAUCGGCAUUUGGGGCGAGUGGUACUACACGACCUAUUUUGGAAAUCCCAACCACUUGACCAAUGGGCUGUCAGCACGAAAUUGGCAGGAUCGUAGAGAUGUUCUCACCGCCAUUAUCGACAACUCGCCAACUUCAAUCCCCGUCCAAGUUCGAACUCCGCACUACAAGAUGAAGCUUUGGAACAGCAACACGCCUUCCAGUCUGGCUGACGUGGAGAGACACACACACGCUGGAAGAACAGGUCACCAUAACGACUGUUUCCUGGCCAGCGACGAUGAUGUUGGUACAUACGAUGACGUGGCGGCAGAAAAGUCGUAUCUAGCUCGUGACACGGAAUAUGUUCCCAUCGGAGGCGAGACAUGCGGAAGAGCUCCACUGAAACAUGGUAGUCACCGGAGUGAUUGUCCAACUGCUUUGAAGGAACUGAAGGAAUUCCACUGGUCCUUUAUCAACAAGGGUUAUUCCCCUGAAGUGUUGGGCGACUGGAAAUCUCAGGGCUGUUUUGUUAAAAUACACAGGGACCUGGGGUACAGGUUAUCUCUAAAACAGGCGGUGCUUCCUACAAAGACAGCCCAUGGAGGAAUCCUGUGUUUCCACCUGGUUCUCGGUAACACAGGUUACGCAGCUCCCUACAAACCCUGGACCGUCAGGCUCGUUCUCAAAGCGAAAUCUGGCGGAAGAUUUUACUCCGCUUCACUGCCCAAUGUUGACGUGAGACGAUGGACUGCUGGACAGGACCAUCCUGUUGAUGGGAGCAUCGGGGUACCACCAUCCCUGCCAGUAGGGUCGUAUGAGGUGUUCCUGGCCAUAUAUGACGAGAAGAUGGAGAGCCAUGCUGACUACUAUGUCAUGCUGGCUAAUACAAAUGUACCUGACUUUGCUGCUGGUAUCAACGACCUCAAGGCUACUGUUCAGGUAACCGGUUCCGGUACUCACACUCCGACAGGCUGCCCCACCCUGUCGUCUUGGACGCCUCCCUCAAGGAGCAAGUACAGCAGGGUGUUGGGGAAAGGUUGAUGUACUUUCAGACUGAAUAACAUUUCUACUGAUCGCAACUGUUCUCUGGUUCAUUCAAAACCAUUUUUGUGUUUUAAUUUUGACAUUGUUAAGCUCAAUGAAACAUUACAUUAUUGACUAUGUGAACUCACA